UCGUGAACUUCGUCGUGCUCCAUCCUAAUCUAUAGCAUUAAGAAUAUAUCAGUUAGACAAAGAUAAACGAUGAUAUAAUCUAUUAUAUAUAAAAUGACGAUUUUCAUAGACAUAGAUUAAUAAUAAUAUUAUAAAUCCAUGGUUCGUAAAUUACUCUUUCAGAAGCGCACACAAAUACGUAGUACAUAAUGCUAAAUACACUAUUACGGCCCUCUAAAACCAUUAAACUAAGUUAAACCUUGUUAUUACAUAUUUUAGGGUACAUUUUAAAGCGUCCAGUCAGGCCAGGCUGGUAUUUAAAAUAACACAGGUCAUGUUAUUAGGAUCGGGUUUGUAAAACAAGUCAUUAGUUUACCACAAAAGGUUAACGAGAUUGUAACAAGAUGUAAUUAGUAUAUUAUUCUAUUCGCUUAUUGAAAAGAUCGUUGAUGAAUAGGACUUACACUGAACUUUCAGUUUUUUCUUGAAGUUUUCAGUAUAACAUCGUGAAAGUGAUAUAAAAGUAUGGAGAAUAAAUAGUAUAAACAGUAUUUUUUGUAUUACUAAACGGUUGGUACAAUUCGGGACAACUCGUGUGUGAUCGGUAGUGCUCGGCCGGGUCACAGGGACGGCAUUGAUUGGUGCAGUGAAGGUGUAAGAUGGAAGAUAAUGCUGUCCGGUUUUGUGAAUACAGGACCUCUUUACCAGUGGCUCAAUUCAGUCGCGGUGAUUUCUCCCUGUGGUCGGUGCUGAAGAACUGCGUGGGUAAGGAGCUAUCUAAAAUCACGAUGCCGGUCGUGUUCAAUGAGCCACUGUCCUUCCUUCAACGGAUGCUCGAAUAUCUGGAGUAUGCGCACCUGCUCCGCAUGGCGUCGGAGCAGACCGACCCAGUGGCUAGGAUGGAGUAUAUCGCAGCAUUCGCGGUGAGCGCACUGGCUUCAAAUUGGGAGCGCCUGGGUAAACCAUUCAACCCGUUACUAGGCGAGACGUACGAGCUAGAGCGGCCAGAGUUUAGAGCAGUUUGCGAGCAGGUGUCUCAUCAUCCCCCUGUAUCAGCGUUUCACGCUGACAGCCCUCACUUCGUAUUCCAUGGCUCUGUUCACCCAAAACUAAAGUUUUGCGGCAAGAGUGUUGAAAUACAGCCGAAGGGGCAUGUCACUGUAGAACUACCAAGAUGGGGUGAAGCUUACACCUGGAGCAACGUGAACUGCUGCGUCCACAAUGUUAUCGUUGGGAAGCUGUGGAUCGAGCAGUAUGGGCCGAUGGAGGUGGUCUGCCACGGCGGCGCCGGCCUUAAGGCCAACCUGGCCUUCAAGCCGGCCGGAUUCAACAACCGUGAUUUACAUAGAGUCGACGGGUUCAUUAUUGAUGCUAAUAAAAAGCGUCUAAAAUUCUUGUACGGCAAAUGGACGGAAUACAUAAAGUGCUGCAGCGCUGCUGCGUACGAGCAGUGGGCUAAGGAGCGGGGCGAGGAGGCAGCCGCUCAACAGACACCCUCGCACACACCCAAGAAGGUGCUCGCCAAACUCAACAGCUUCAAAGUGGGCGCUUUACGGUCCAUGUCCAUACAAGAUAACGACGAAUCGGACAAUACGGAUGAAAUCCCCAAGCCAGAUGAGUCAUACAAUAUUAACAUACCAAACUCCGUGACGCUUUGGGAAGCCCGACCGAGACCUACAAACAGCGCUCAGUACUACCAGUUCACUGAGUUCGCGAUGUCCCUGAACGAGUUGGAGCGCGACAUGAAGGGCCAGCUGUGCCCGACGGACAGCCGCCUGCGGCCGGACGUGCGCCUGCUGGAGCAGGGCGACAUCGACGCCGCCGCCGCCGCCAAGACGCGCCUCGAGGAGAAGCAGCGCACCGCCAGGAAGAUGCUCAAGAAGAACGCCGACCCCUGGCAGCCGAGGUGGUUUAGUCAAGGCACAAAUCCUUACACGAAGCAAGAAGACUGGCUUUACAACGGCGGUUACUGGGAUCGUAACUACCAGCACUUAAAGGACGUUGAUAUAUUCUAAAAGUGAUGCGAGAAAUGGUUUUGAAUUCGAACGUGUUCAAAUUUAAUCCGAAUGCGGUAUAUUCGAUGCGCUCUUUAAAUUCACAAUUAUCGAAUAAUGGGUGAAUUGAAGUAACACUAAAAGCAUAAUGUGCUGUAAAAUAUAUCUUGUUUCUAUUACAUAGUUAAUUUAUUAUUUCUUAAGAAAGUUCGCUUAUAAAGCGUCAAACAUUUUUUUUAAUUAUACGGAUUAAAUAGGUACUUUUCAAGUAGGUACUUUCUUUAAUUAAUUUGAUCGUAUCAUAAAUCGAGAUUCAUACGAUUUUGCCCCAAAAAUGAAGAAGAUCCAAAAGGAAAAAUUAUUUCUACUUAGAUGAAAUAUUUUCAAAUAUCGUCUGUAUUAAUUAUAGUAUCCGAAACUUCAUUGAAGUUAUUUUGUUAGCAUGUUUAUGAAUUAAGAAAGCUUAAGUUGAAAUAAAUAAAAAUGCGUAUUCCUCUUCAAUUCAAUCUAUGCACAAAAUUAUUAAGUCC